GGUUGCCACUUAAAUGAAUUACUUUAAAGCUGCUCCUUUUACUAUGGUAAUCUGGAUUUUUAUUUGUGCCGUAAUUUUUCUCAUCAUUUCGGUUCUUUGGAAGAAGCGGUGGUUGUUGUAUCAUGCUUGGAAAAUUCCUGGACCAUUCUCAGUGCCCUUAGUGGGAAGUACGUACCUGUUGUCUGCAACAAAAGAUAGUUUUUUUGAAGUAGUUUAUCGAAAUCUGGAUUCCUAUAGGCCGGUUAUAAAAACAUGGAUAGGCUCAGAGUUGUACAUAACUACCACAAGACCGGCAGAUGUAGAAAAAAUUUUGGUAAAUUGUCUAAACAAGUCACCUUUCUACGAGAAUUUUAACGAUGUAAUGAAAGACACUCUACUGACAUCAAAAGUGAGUAUCUGGAAAGACCAUCGAAAAAUGAUCAAUCCCUCUUUUAAUUUGAAGAUUUUAAGUUCUUUUCAUGAUAUAUUUGUCAAAUAUUCAAGGGAAAUAGUGAAGUACUUGCUUGAUGUAGGGGGUACCGAACAAACGGAUUUCCUUUCAGUCAUCUGGGAAAAAACAUUUGAUGUUGCUUUAGUAUCCUUAACAAAUGUAAAUCCAUGUGAGCUUAAAGAACGACGACGGGCUAUUUCAAUCGCCGUGAGAUUCGAAGAAAUACUUAUGCAGAGAUUACAUACAUUUUGGCUUCUGACCGAUUUCUCUUGGAAAUUAUCCAACUUACACAAGGAGCAUAAAGUCGUUUGUCAAACUGCUCACGAAAUUGGCGAAAACAUAAUAGCAGAAGAGUACAAAUCAUAUGAAUCCGAAGACAGAAAUGAUGACACUAUUGAAAGUAAGCGAUUUCUACGAAAUUUGACUAAAUUAAAUCGAACCAAUCAGAUAACCCGUGAAGAAAUUUUGGAAGAAACCAAUUUUAUGUUGAUGGCGGCAAGCGAAACGGCAUCAAUCACAAUCAACACGAUUUUAACGAUUUUAGGAAUCUACUCAGACAUCCAAGAAAGAGUUUAUCAGGAACUCGCCUCAGUUCUGCCAAACAUCGAGAACAGUCCAACUCAGGAAGAGCUCAAUCGCCUGGACUAUUUAGAACGCGUUGUCAAAGAAAUUUUGAGACUAGUUCCCACAAUUCCUUUCAUUAUGCGAUAUGCUGACGAAGACAUUAAAUGCGAUCCUUAUGUUUUCCCUGCCGGCUCUAACCUUGUCAUUCCUCUGGUGCUACUACACAGAGAUCCGGAGGUGUGGCCCGAGCCGGAAAAAUUUGAUCCAGAUCGGUUUCUCCCUGAUGAAGUUGGAAAAAGACAUCGUUGUUCCUACAUUCCUUUCAGUUUUGGUGUCCGAAACUGUAUAGGUCUAAAAUUUGGAAUGAUGGUGGUAAAAGUAAUGGUUGCGACGAUUCUGAGGAACUUCAAAGUACGAACUGUCGAUAUGAAAUCAUGGAAGGACAUCCAGUGGGACUAUAUGGUUAUGCUGAAGACUAAAAAUAGUCGUUUACGUUUCGAAAAAAGAAAAUUUUGAUCAUAUGCAUCUUUUUAUAUAAAAGGAUUAUGUUUCUUCCAUUUUCAUUAUUUUCAUAUUAUUCAUUAUCGGUGAAAAUCUGUUUUGCAAUUUGCGUUUUACUUUGAGCUGAAGAUUAGACUUCUGCCACAUUUCCAGGUUUUCAACCACGUAGAUGCUUUACAGUCGUUAAAUCAGUACCAAUCUAACAACAAAGCUAGCAAUAAUCCAUGGUAUUUUGCCUGAGUAUUUUUUUCUAGUGGUUGAGUUGAACAUCGACCGUUUUUAUAAAAAAUAAAAAAACUUCUAUGGUUGGUGUGUGGUGGUCUAAAAGAUACAUAAUUCCGAUACAGCUCAAUUAAUUUCAGCGAUUAUUUGUCCUUAUUCACUAGGUAUAUCAAAAAUUAACUGCAGCUGAUUAUUCCGAGUGUUUUUUUUUUUUUUGACACAGAACAAACUCGUUUCACUGAUAAGUGUCAGCUCACUUUAUCGGGGAAUCAUCAUUUUCGUUUGUAACAUUUGGGUGAGGGGAAACAUUUUUUCUUUC